UCUGGUUUUUUGAAAGAAAUGUUUGUUUAUUUUCUGCUAUAGGAAAUUAUUUCGCGGUUUUACCACAGUAGUUUAUGUUGUGGUUUUAUUGACCUCCAAUGGCUGAUGAAAGCAUUAAAUCCAGUCCGCAAAAAUUGAAUCGCUCCAUACACAGAUCGCGCCUUCAUCGAAAAACCAAGAGACUCAAUGCAACAUUCACAAGACCAGCAGAGGCGACAUGUAGCGAUCAAAAGACUGCUUCGAAUAUUGAUGAAACCAUUCAUGAUGAUCUAUCCUGUACACUUUUGGUAAUGUAUGACUCGGAGGAAUGUGAGGAUGAUGAUACAAAAGCACAAUGCCUUCAAUAUCCCGUUGAAAAACCACGAUUCCAAAUAGAUGCCAAUUAUGAUCCAUUUGCAGAGCAACGUUUGCUCCUUCUUGCUGAUCGUUUCCGACCGCUUUCGCGAAACUCAACCAGCUUUGUAGCUACGCAGGGCUUCGAACCGUGCAAUAAUUUGUUGUUUCAACCUCCUAAAUUCGCCAUAGAAAAUAACACUAUUUCUAAAAGCAGCCCAAAAGACGUAUUUGAAAUCACUGAUUCAGAGCUGUUGCAAGUAUGUGAGGAAACCGAAAAAAAUACAGAAAAAGCGAAAUUUAAGCCAGAUAGAACUGGAGAUAUUGAUGUGCCGGUGACACCAGAUUCGAGGCAAAAACCAAAAUCUAUCGUAGACUUAAUAUUGGAAGAUUUUUGUAGUUCGCCUGCAUCGCCAGAGCCCCAGCAGUCGUCGGAAGAAAGUAGUUUUCAUUUUAGAUUUGCUAAUGAACCUCUGCGCACUUAUAGCAGACGUCGACAAGACCAUAAAUUUUCGCGUAAAAAUAUUGCUGAGCAAUAUGUCCAAUCACCCGAUAGAGAGAAGCAUUGUGCCAUGGAUGAUGAUUUACUGAGCAAUGACAGUGAUCUAUCGGUGCAAGAAGAUCAUACUCAACUAAGGCUAGAAGCAGUUUCCGAAGAAGGCGUCUAUUUGCAGCAUUCCCAAAAGCUGUGCGAGAACUUACAAAAUUUGAGUGCCUACUUUUCGGAAUUGUCGGGUGGAGUGGAUAGAAAACCAGAGACCUGUGAAGAAAUGAAGUCGCUAGAGUUAGUUCAAAAUAAAGGCCAAAAUGUGGUGCAAGCCGUUGCAGAUAAAAGUUCAGGAAUAUAUUACACAGCAAUAAAGGAAAAUACUAACAAUUUUCAGAAAGAUGAAUCGGAGGAAAUAAAUAAACAAUGUUUGACCAGUCAUGGUGGGCAUAUUUCAGCUGAAGAGGAUUUUAAGGGAUUUCCAAGUGAGGAUGAAGAGACUAGCGACGGUAUGAAACCCAUAUCAGCAGUAAACGGUGAUAUUGUUCAAAGUCAAGUACAUGAAGUAGAUAGUUUGAACGAGGAUGACGAAUGGAAUGAUGAGUGUGAUUUUUUUGCAAAUUUCGAUAUGGAAGAAGCCUUAGAUGCAGUUUCAAAGUCAAAAUUGUACAAAGGAAACUCCGACGAAUUAAUGUAUAACCUGGAGUUGAAUGCAGAUUCAGCAACAUGUUUUCGUACCGCGUCCAAUAAAACAGUUGAAAUAUCUAUGGAAGCAAAAGCUCGUGCAAACGAAAUAUUGCAAGAGCUGCCCCCGCUACCGACAAACACUAGUUGCACAGAUGACUUCACUAUGAAUGAUGAAAGAGAAGAGCCUCAGCAUGCUCUAAAUCAAACUAUAACAAUUUCGAAACACGUAGUAGAAAAAAUCGUUGAUAAAACUUCAGAAUCCUCACAGGAUACAUCCACGGAGAAUCGCACCAACCCUUCCACUAAUUUAGAUGGUGGAUUGACAAUAGAAAAAAAGGAAAUGCCAAGUUUGGUUGGUUUCUGUACGGCGUCAAAUAAGAAAAUUACGAUUUCAAGCGAAGCAAAACAGCAUGCUGCCAAAAUCCUUGAACAGCUGCCGCCAUUACAGCAUGAGCGCACUUCCUUGACCAGGGCAGCAAUAGAAAAAGAAUCGUUUAUAGGAUUUACAACAGCUUCAAGCAAAGCAAUAAAAAUAUCUAAGGAAGCAAAAGAACGUGCCUUAAAGAUAUUAGAGCAUCUACCAGAAUUAAAUGUAAUUGUAGAAACGAAUAAUGAAGCUCCAACAAACGCGCCGAACACUUCCAUAUCAUGUGCAGGCUUUCGAACUGCUUCUUGCAAAGCUAUACGUAUAUCUGAAGGAGCACAAAAGCGUGCUGCAGUGAUCAUGCAAGAUGUGCCUUAUGAAAAUGUUGACCAUAUCCCCGAAGAGUGCAUAGGAAACAUGCAAUUCAGUGAGUGGCCCAUGGAGGGUGAGGAAGCACAAACUGAAGUUAAGGCUAGUACCACAAGUAACGAAGGUCUUCCUGGAUUUUCAACGGCAUCUAAAAAACCAAUUUUGGUGUCAGAAUUAGCUAAACAAAAAGCUGCCGCUAUUCUUGAGAACUUGCCAAAACUAAGUGACGCGCUACCAUCGGCAGCAAGUUUGGAAAAUUCAGAAAACGCUUCCAAAGACGAACCGUUGGAAAACGUGGUGUUUUCUGAAUGGCCACUACUUGACGCGGAUGAUGUAUCUAAAGUUGAACAGGAAUCACAAUUAAAUGUUUCGAGCAAAAGAAAACGCGAUGACAUAGAUCUUGUACCAAACGGUAGGAGCUUUCAUCUUCCCCCCCAACAUACACCAAAACUAAUUUGUAAAUCUGUUGGCCUUCAACGAAGUCCUCUAGCUCAUAUACAACAAUCAGUUACACGUUCCAGCUUGAGUGAAUUGGCUGUAAAAACUCCGCCCGAUUACGCAGCUAGUCGUAGUAUAAUAGCGCGCAAGAAUCUACUCUCUUUGAAUAAACGGAAAAAAUCGAAUGCAAAAAUUAUUCAACGACCUAAUGAGCUGAAGGAUGAAAGUGUUGGUGUAAAAACUCCAACGAAAAUAAGCAAUAUUGCUGAACUCAAUUCACCACCCAAAACACCAAACCUUCGAGAGUUUUUUGCUUCGGCUUGCGUGAGCACCAGCACGCCACAUCCGCCAUUACAACAAGAAACACGCAUGCGUACACGAGCUAGUAAGCGAGCAGUGUUGGAAGCAGCUUCUCCAACAACAACAACAGAAACAACUACGCCAAUAAAGGAAGCAUCAUUAAAACGCAUCGACUGGGAUAAUGAAACUUUAAAUAAAAGCGCAUCAUCGUUGAACGCUAGUAGAUUAUCUAAUUCAUCUUGUAGUAAUGUAACUAAAAUGGAAUCGAAACCUACACCAAGACAGCGUAUUGAACGGCUGCGUAUGUAUGGCAAACCACCCAGUCUUUCGCCUAUUUAUAUGUCGAGCACAAAUAAUUGUCGCAUAUCAGGAUUAAAUAGACAUUCCCACAGUGCUACUAAAGAUGAGCAGUAACGUAAUGUGGAAUCUCUUUGACGAAACCACCAAGUCUGUCGCCUAUCUAUAUGUCUAGCACAAAUAAUUGUCGCAUAUCAGGAUUAAAGAGACAUAUUCGCUGUGUUACUAAAGAUGAGCAGUAGCGUAAUGUGGAAUCUGUUUGACGAAAGCAGUAAUACUUUAAGGCGAAGCAUGUAUAUAUGAUUUUUUAGUUUUUUUUUUCUUGUAAAUACUUGACUGCAAUGUGUGUUUAUGUAUACCGUACAUAGCUUUUGAAUAUGUUCAAACUCGUGUUUAAUAACAGGUGUACGUAACCGUUGCAAAGCGAUUGUUACCAAAGUUAAAGUUAUUAUUUUUUCAAUAAAAUAUGGUAUAUGCUCAACAGAA